AUGGGCCAGAAGUCUUCCCCUGGUAUCCUCUUUGAUCCCGUGGAGCAUCUGGCUUUUUCAAAGUCGAAAAUCUGCCGCCCGACAAAUGUGCACAGCUUUCAUUUGGAUCCCACGCUAAACUCCCUGGAACUUGUUGGCGAAGGCUCAUUUCCACUGUUUUCUCGCAAAUGUGUGGAUCUUUUGCGUCAGGAGGUUGAGCAGUAUUCUCAGGUUGUGCUUGACAAGGAAACUGAAAACGCUUUCACUUCUCCCAAACUAAGAGACUGCGAACAACUUCUUCCAUUCGUGUACCAGGCCUGGACCCAUCCUGCCACUGUCCGUGCGAUUAGUGUGAUUUCGGGAUUCGAGAUGAGACUGUGUCUUGACUACGAAAUAGCGCAUUUUUGUCGUUCUCGCAAUUCCAGCCAGGUUCUGGUCCGUCAAAAAAGCGUGGCAUACCCUUACGUUUGUGUCAUGGGCUUGAAUUCCGCAGAUAUGCAGUCAUCGGGGUAUGCCACCGUGCUCAAGGGAAGGCUUUCAGAAAACCUGGCAACAAAACAGCUCCAGGAAAAAGACUCCCUAACGGUGGUGCUGUGUGCAACGUUGCAACCAGAAAAUGUUAUAUGCUACGAAGACGCAAUUUUCUUGGAAAAAUGCUCGCUUCCCCAGGCGCAAAAGCUCAUCAGUGACAAGGAAAUGGUGCCUGUGUCGAAUUAUGCCGACUUCAAAGAUUUCGGAGUCUAUCAGUCCUGGCUCAACGACUAUUAUGAUAAAGAAAACCACGCAAACAGCAUUAAUAAAUAAAUUAGUAUUGAUAUCCAUCGUCCAGUCCGUAGUUGAAUUCAUUCAGAGCUACGUUUCCUUCAAUACCAAAAGGCCUUUGAUCGCUGAUUAUUUGCCAUAGCUCAUCGAAAUCAUCGACUAUCGGGCUAUUGAGCGACUCGUUUAGGUCCAGCUCCGAGUAUUUCUGUUCCUGAAAGAGAGGGAACUCCAAUUCAGUAGGCUUAUCGAGGACGUUGAUGCCUCCAAUGCGGUAAUUUUUUGUCUUGUUGUUGGUCUCUUUCUUCGACAUUUGCUCCAUUGUUUUGUUCAGCACGCGUUCGUAAGCGUCGCGCAAAAACGAUUUCGUGAAAGGCAUCCGCUCCCCAACGACAAAUAGCGCGGUAGAGCACGAUUGCAAACAGGUCGAGAUUUCGACCGUCCAUUCCAGACGCCCUGUAAGAAGACAGUAUAUCAAAGUCAUUGCGCUCACAAAUAAAGUGUGUAUAGCGAUGAAGCUGUGGCAGUACCAGUCUAGCUGUAUAAGACGUUUUGCAAGCAAGCAUAUAGUACCGCAUGACUUGACGCACUGGUCGACAAAGAACUGUGCCUCGGGUGAGCUUGAGACUUCGAUAUCUUUCGAAAUUAGAGGAACAAGCAGUAUCCGUAUAGUCUUGUGGUACAGGAGCGUCAUGAACAACUGGUUGUGCUCUUCAUCAAAAGCGGGCAGGUCGUUCUUCCAUUGCUGCACUCUCUCGUACAUCACUCCGAUAUCUUUCAAUAAUGUCACAAUGUCCCGUUCCUGGUCAACCCGGUAGAUGCUGUGCUGGAUAACAGAGUCUAUUCGCCGCAGCUUGAUGAGAUUGAUGCCAACCGUCAUGUCGGUGAUGACAGUCGAGCCCAUUUUUUCUGGGUGUUUGUUGAUGAUGUCGUCCAGCUCAUGACAGUCUGUCACAGAGUCAUCUAUAUUGUAUGGUAAUUCCGCAUCGAUGUCGUAGUCGGAGAGACACAUUGGUCGUCCAAAGUGCAUGCAAAUGCUUCUCUCCAUCACAUAGGCGCUCCAAAAGACACGACGGCGCAUCACAGACUCGUGCAGCUCUUCAAUAGGAACAGGCCCGGUCUCACGACGGUGCAAAUUCAAGUCCACACAGAGACGUAUAAUAAGACCACACAGAUGCCAUAUCUGGUGACUGCGCGAGGAGCGGAGCAUGAAAUAUGCGACCAGAAUCAAACACCUCACCGCGUCGAUAUCCACAACGGCGCAAAUUCGGUCCAGAUCCUGUGAAGCAUCCGCAUAUAUGUCGUCAGCAUUAUAGUAGGUAAAACCUUCUAGCGUGUCUGCCUUGAUCAUCUGGGUGACGCGCAAACCAAUGGCGUAUAUCAUAAGCAGGGCAAACCUAUUGACCGCGUCCUGUCUGGUUUCUGGUUUCUGUAACAGUUCUUUUCUAUUCCGGUGUAAUUGGUAAGCAUGAUCUCUGUGAAGAAAAGGAAAGCGAGAAAACAUUAGUUUCAUGCAUGACUCAAUGAGACGUUUGCCCAUUUCGUCGUCUUCAAUCAAGCGCGUGUAAUCUGGCGGGCCUGUGUUGGAAGGCGGAGUUUCCAAAGCUUCUGGCACAAAUUUAUCCUGAUGUUCGUUCAAAGGAGAGCCAUCAAGGGCUCUGCGGAAUAUAAAUGACAGAUUGGGGCCAAAAGAGGACUUUUCCGGGGGUUCUUUGAUGCGAGGAGGAUUAGACGCCAACUUGAGAGCCGUGUCUGCGGUUUCUGAGUGAGACUUCGACUCUAGAUACUUGAUCUUAGCCUCCAACUGCGCGAUGUAUUUCGCCGUCUGCUCUUCGUGGUGCAAUAUGGAACACUCCAAGCCAGCCUUGCGACACACCGUACAACCUUUCACGUCAGGAAUUCCGUCACAUUUCCGCUUGGAA